CUCCUGAAAAAAGAUACCACCGGUCUUUCAAAAUCCUCACACAACAACGCUCCUUUCAAAUCGCCACAAUGGCUUCUGUCAUGAUGUCUGAUGCUGUCGAGUCUGAUAUUCCUGCAAUGUCUAGCAGGAGCGGUACACCGAGAGCGCGCGCAAAUAGGGCUUCCUCCGUUCGACCUCGAGGUCCCCCCUCUGAGAGCGUUGCGCCAUUGAGUGACGACGAGGGUUUUGCGGAUGAUCAAGUGCCAACUGGUUCAGGAAGACCAAGGCAAAGGGAUCGUGCUAUUCCAAGAGUUGAAGAUAUUAUCGGCCAAUAUGUUCAAAGCAAUUUUGAAGAUUUCCUCGAGAACUUCAUUGAAGAACCAUCAUCCUCAGGAGUCCCUAUGUCGAGUGCCGUUACCACAGACAAAUACUACAUCGCACAGAUUCACGGAUUAAGAACCUACUCACUCUCUACACUCUAUGUCGACUACACACAUCUGUCACAAUACAAGGGUGGUGCGUUGGCAGAAGGUAUUGUCGAGGAAUACUACAGAUUUCUGCCAUUCUUGACAAAGGGCCUACACAAUAUGAUCGCUAAGUACGAACCACGAUACUUCCGAGACCAUCGACAGCCCACAUCUUCAAGCAAUCAGACUUCUUCUGGUGCGAGUAAUGCAGCCUCUGCCAGCGAGUCAGAUUUCCAGGGCCGCAAAACCACAAAUCAACAGACAGAUAAGCUCUUUGCAUUGGCAUUUUACAAUCUCCCUCUCGUAUCCCGAGUUCGACAUUUGAGAACGGCCAACAUUGGGCAGCUUUUGUCAAUUUCUGGAACAGUCACAAGAACUUCAGAAGUUCGACCUGAACUUUCUUUAGCAACCUUCACUUGCGAAAACUGCAGGAGUACUGUGCCAAAUGUUGAGCAGACCUUCAAAUAUACCGAGCCCACACAAUGUCCUAAUCAAGAAUGUAUGAAUCGUCAGGGAUGGAGACUGGACAUCAGACAAAGUACUUUUGUGGAUUGGCAGAAAGUGCGAGUCCAAGAAAACAGCUCAGAGAUUCCAACUGGAAGCAUGCCACGAACGAUGGACGUCAUUCUCCGUGGAGAAAUUGUCGAUCGUGCGAAGGCUGGAGAGAAGUGUAUCUUCACAGGUGCACUGAUCGUUAUUCCAGAUGUUAGCCAACUUGGUCUUCCAGGCGUGCGCCCAAUGGCUAUUCGAGACAACCAGAACAGAAGUGGAGAUGCAAGCGGUGUUUCUGGUCUCAAGUCACUCGGAGUUCGUGAUUUGACUUACAGACUUGCUUUCCUGGCUUGUAUGGUCACUCCAGAUACUUCCACCACGGGAGCAGCAUCAAGUCAACACCUAAAUGGACAGUCCAACAAUAUUCUGGCAUCUCUCAACCAGACUGCGCCAAUUGAUCCCAACGAACCUGGCGACCACGCUCAAGAAGCUGUACUUGCUUCAAUGACACAUGCUGAGAUUGAAGAUCUUCGAAAGAUGGUUCACAGCGAUCACAUCUACUCUCGACUUGUCAACUCUCUCGCUCCUAUGGUCUAUGGCCACGAGAUUGUGAAGAAGGGUCUUCUGCUUCAACUCAUGGGCGGUUUGAGCAAGACCACUCCUGAAGGAAUGGCUUUGAGAGGUGACAUCAACAUUUGUAUUGUUGGCGAUCCAUCUACCUCGAAGUCCCAGUUUCUGAAGUACAUUUGCUCAUUCUUGCCUCGUGCCGUCUACACUUCCGGCAAGGCAUCUUCGGCAGCUGGUCUGACGGCAGCUGUGGUCAAGGAUGAGGAGACUGGCGAAUUUACAAUUGAGGCUGGUGCCCUGAUGUUGGCAGACAAUGGCAUUUGCGCUAUUGACGAGUUCGACAAGAUGGACAUUAGCGAUCAAGUUGCUAUUCACGAAGCCAUGGAACAGCAGACAAUCUCCAUUGCCAAAGCAGGUAUUCAAGCCACCUUGAAUGCUCGAACUUCAAUUUUGGCUGCUGCAAAUCCUGUAGGAGGGCGAUACAACCGGAAGACAACACUCCGAGCCAACAUCAAUAUGUCAGCACCCAUCAUGUCUCGUUUUGAUCUUUUCUUCGUCAUCUUGGACGAGUGUAACGAGACCGUGGAUCGUCAUCUUGCUGAACAUAUUGUUGGGAUUCACCAGCUACGUGACGAAGCUGUCCAACCAGAGUUCACUACCGAGCAAUUACAACGAUACAUCAGAUUCGCAAAAACAUUCAAGCCAGAAUUUACUCCUGAGGCGAAAGAGGUUCUAGUGCAGAAGUACAAGGAACUCAGAAGCGAUGAUGCUCAAGGUGGCAUUGGCAGAAACAGCUACAGAAUCACUGUCAGACAACUUGAGUCAAUGAUUCGUCUUUCAGAAGCUAUUGCAAAGGCCAACUGUGUAGAAGAAAUUGUUCCAAGCAUGGUCAUUGAGGCAUUCAACUUGCUCCGACAAAGUAUUAUUUCAGUCGAGAAAGAUGACGUGGAUGUCGACGAAGAUGAUGAUGAAGUUCUUGGUGCGAAUGGAGCGUCUCGCAGAGAUGGCGAUGGUGAUUCUCCCAUGGCUGAUGGAAAUGAUGAUGAUGAGGACGGGGACAAUGGUCCAGAUGGUGGCGCUGGGGCUAAUGGCACCACUCCAGCACCUACUAAUGGAGAGCGACCGAAGGCGAAGAUUACGUAUGACAAGUACAUCAGCGUAGUCAAUCUCCUGGUUCAGCGAGUCAAUGAGGACGAGUUGAGCAGCGGUGAAGGAGUCGAUGGCGAGACUCUCAUCCAGUGGUAUCUGGAGCAGAAAGAGGACGAGUUGGCAGGCGAGGAAGAUUAUCACGCUGAGAUGGCAUUAACAAGAAAGAUCAUCAAGAGAAUGGUCAAGGAGAAUAUACUGAUGGCGAUCAGAGGUCAAGGCUUGGUCGGUGAUGACGGCCAAGGUAGCUCAAGUGCUGCCGAACAGACUGUCUACGUAUUGCAUCCUAACUGUGCAGUCGAGGAGUAUUAGUGGAAGGAUGAAUAGAAACCUUGUAUGAAUCACAUCUGAGCUGAUGACUGAUAUGGGGGAUUGGGAUGGAUACCAAGACAUUGUCUUUAACGGCGUUCUUCAGCGGCGUCUUUACGAGCAAGUUGUGUUUAUGUUUGUCACGAAGCAUAUAAUGAAAAUGAUUGUUGACAUCCCUCGAUGGGACCUUGCAUCGUCAGCAGUGCAUGCAUGCGUGUGUUGGGACGAAGCGAAUCCAUCAGACGACAACUCUCCGUUCCUAUGAUCAACGCCAUCCAGCUCUACAGGAAUUCCUUGGGUCAGAAUCAGUCAGCUGGCUGGGAAAGUUACACGAGGUCCUCCAACUGGCAUCAAACUUGGCGG